AUGUUACUGACACUUAUGUAAUAUGUUGUUUAAAUGAAUCUUGGUAAUCAGUAAUGACAUUCCAAUCUUGGCAAUCAAAUCACAAGUAAAUCUCAGCUCCUGACAAAAUAGAUUACCUUACUCGGGAUUAUUAUGACCGGGAUAAAGUGGCGGGUUUAGGGUAAUUUCGCCAUAUUUUCCCCGAACCACAUUUUCACCGGUCGUUAAUAAACCCGCCGACUCAGCUUUUGGGUUCCCAAGGGGUAUGGGUGCUCAUAUUUUAAUCGUUGUCUUAUAUUCACUAAAGAAGACUAUUGGGACACUUGUUGUAGGUUUUUCGACUUCAUUUGGCUAAAAUUGCAAAAAAUUCACCUUUUUGCCCAAUUCUUGUCAUAUAUCCUUAUUGUCAAAGUUGAUUUAAAUAGGCCAAUUUUUAAUUUCUUAGGUAUUGAUUAUCUCUACAUAAUGAAAUAGGACUCGAAACUUCGAGUAACUACUUGUAAAAGUAACAGUUAAAUUAACACUUGAAUUAAUUAAAACUGUCAAUAACAUGAAUCAGUUUCAUCAGUCAUUUAUUCAUAAUUCUAAACAAUGUGAACGAUGCAUUCUUUCGAAGUUUGAUUAACCACGAAUCAUUAUUUCUGUCUACUUUCAACAAUUAUUGAUAAUUCGACUUGUUUCACAAGUUUUAGCAAUGCGAAAAUUUCUAAACUUGCUUAUCUCUAAUAAGGAAAUUUACAUCUGAGACAAAAUUUUUGAAUCUAAAAUUGAAAGGUUGGACACCGGUAAAAUGGCGACCGGGAAAAUGUGGUGGGUUUUGAGCAAUUUCGCCAUAUUUUUCCCGAACCAUAUUUUAACUGGUCGUUAAUAAACCCGUCGUAAUAAUCCCGAGUAAGGUAUUCAAACUUUGUAAAUAUCUAAAAAUAUUUAGUAGCAGUGUAUAUUAUAUCUACAGUGUAUAUUAUCAGUUCAUACUAACAAUAACCGAUUUCAGAAUGGGUAAGAUAAAACUAGAGAAGAAGUUCCAUUCAAAGAACCUAGGUGGUCAGAUUGAAGAACACGAGAGUAGUACUGUUCAGCCCAAACUGUAUUCCAAACCUCCAAAGAAGAAGAAAUCAGAAGACAAAGACGAAUCUAUUGAUGACGGUCUCUCCAAGAAAAUUCUUAGUGAAGCCCGCCUUCAGCAACGAGAACUGGCUGAAAAUGAAGCGCCACUGGCUACACAUAAUCUGAUGAAAAAGAAGAAAGGAAAGGAUCCAGUCGACGAUUCAGAUGACGAUAGUGAAAAUGAAAGUGAAAAUGAAAAUGAGGUUUAUGAACCUGUAGUUGUUGACGAAGGCGAGGACAAGCUCUUUAACAAGUUCCUCAACCCAUCAUCCCAGCCCACCAGAACGCUAGCAGACAUCAUCAUGGAGAAGAUAAAAGAGAAAGAGACCGAGAUUGGCACCAACGUGGGGACAGAAGGGGUCCAGGGGUUUGAUGCACGGGUAGAAAACUUGUUUAAAAGUGUUGGAGAAGUGCUCAACAAAUAUCGAUCGGGAAAACUACCCAAGGCUUUCAAAGCAAUCCCAAAUCUUGGUGAUCGUUGGGAAGAGGCCCUCUUUCUGACAGAACCAGAAACAUGGAGUGCUGCUGCAGUGUUUCAAGGUACUCGCAUAUUUGCUUCCAAUCUCAAAUCAGAUCAAGCCCAAACGUUCUACAAUCUUGUCUUACUUCCAAGGAUUAGGGACGAUAUCGCAGAAUACAAGAGACUUAAUUUCCAUCUAUAUCAAGCUAUCAAGAAAUCCCUUUUUAAACCAGCAGCUUUUUUCAAAGGUUUUCUGUUGCCCUUGCUGGAGAGUGGGACAUGUUCACUGAGGGAGGCGGUUAUCAUCGGGAGUGUUCUUUCUAAAAUAUCAGUUCCAGUACUGCACAGCUCUGCAGCGCUGCUUAGAAUAGCUGAGAUGGAUUACUCGGGCGCUAACAGUUUGUUUUUAAGAGUAUUGCUCGAGAAGAGGUAUGCUUUACCCUACAGAGUUAUUGAUGCCCUUGUGGCUCACUUCUGUAAUUUCUCAAUGGACAAGCGAGAACUGCCGGUUUUAUUCCAUCAAUGUCUUUUGACUUUAGCUCAGAGGUACAAAGAGGACCUCUCCCCAGAACAGAAACAGCAUUUGUUUAUCUUGAUGCAAAAUCAGAGUCACCCCAAAAUCACACCUGAGAUAAGGCGCGAGCUUGCUAAUUCUAAGUGUAGGGGUGAUGAUGAUAUGGCAGUCGAACCACCCUCGUUGGAACCACUGUCAGUAGGUUGAUCUAAUAUAAUUUUACAAGGGCGUGGGCCUUGAGAGGCUAUCUAUCGUACUAUAGUGUUUUAAAACCUCCGUUAUCAAGGAUUUUUACCUAAUUUAUUGUAAUGUAUGGUAAUUUAUUUCUGACUA